UGGUCAUUCAUUUCCAAGUCUUUUAAGAAUUUUAAGGUUCUUGUGUUGAUGACUUGUGAAGGGUUCAGUACUGAUGGGCUUGCGGCCAUUGCUGCUAAUUGCAGGAAUUUGAAAGUAUUGGACUUACGAGGGAGUGAUGUGGAAGAUCUGAAUGGGCAUUGGCUCAGCCAUUUUCCUGAUACAUAUACGUCAUUGGUAUCUCUCAAUAUUGCUUGUUUGGGGUCUGAGGUGAGUGUAUCAGCACUGAAGCGUCUAGUGGACAGGUGUCCAAACUUAAGGACACUGCAUCUCAAUCGUCCAGUUCCCCUUGAUAGGCAUGCCAACCUACUUCGUCGUGCCCCUCAGCUGGUUGAGUUUGGUGCUGGAUGCUAUAUGGCUGACUUGAGAUCUGAAGUUUUUUCGAGCUUAACUGGGGCAUUUACAAGCUGCACAGAAUUGAAGAGUCUGUCAGGAUUUUGGGAUGUUGUCCCUGCAUACCUUCCUUUCGUUUAUCCAACAUGCUCUCGGCUAACAUCCUUAAACUUAAGCUAUGCUACAAUUCAUGUGACGAUCUUACAAAGCUUAUCAGUCAAUGUCAUAAUUUACAGAAGCUUUGGUUCAAGAUGUAUCGUAAAUGCAGCUGCUGGACUUCAUUGA